AUUAAUGUCCAUACUGGAAAACACCGUAGCACUUAGCUCUCUUUCUCUCUCUAGACACACGCAUAACUCUGGUAAUGGCUGCUUGUAGAUUGAGGUUGCUGUUGGGCAUCCAUGAACUGUUUUGUCACACUCGCAACUUCUCCUCAUCAUCUGUUCCCUCCCAAUUUGAAAGAGUUGGAUUCAUAGGACUUGGAAACAUGGGAUCACGGAUGGCUGAUAACUUGUUUAAAGCUGGAUACACUGUUGUGGUUCAUGAUAUUAACCAUGAUGUGAUGAAGGGAUUCUCGGACAAAGGGUUUCUUACAAAGAAUUCACCUCUUGGAGUUGCUGAGGAGAGUGAUGCUGUAAUCACAAUGCUGCCAUCUUCUGCCCAUGUGAUGGAUGUUUACACGGGACCGGAAGGUAUCCUCAAUCAUGGAGAUCAGGUUAGGUCGCGGUUGUUCAUCGAUUCAUCAACAAUCGAUCCUCAGACAUCGAGAAAACUGUCUGCAGCCAUUGCUGCUACUAGUUUAAAAGGUGGCUCUGCUAUGUUGGACGCCCCUGUAUCCGGAGGUAUCAUAUCAGCUGAAAACGGAACUCUUACUUUCAUGGUUGGUGGUUCUGAGGAAGCUUAUAGGUCCGCGAGACCUUUGUUUCUCUCGAUGGGGAAAAACGUCAUAUACUGCGGAGGUCCAGGAAAUGGUUCGGCAGCAAAGAUUUGCAACAAUCUGGCGAUGGCUGUGAGCAUGCUCGGGGUUUCAGAAGCUUUUUCGCUCGGACAGUCACUGGGCAUCCGAGCAGCUACUUUGACCGAGAUUUUUAACUCUUCGAGUGCCCGAUGUUGGAGUAGCGACACUUACAAUCCUGUGCCAGGGGUGAUGGAAGGGGUGCCGGCAUCUAGGGAUUACGAUGGAGGGUUUGCUACGAAACUCAUGGCUAAGGACCUGAACCUUGCGGCUACAUCAGCCAAAGAAGUCGGUGCAAGAAUUCCGAUGACAUCUUCAGCACAAAAGAUAUUCACAGAGCUUUGUGACGGAGGUUUGGAAACAAAGGACUUCUCUUGCGUCUUUCGCCAUUAUUUCCAUGGCAAGGACGAGGUGUAAUGUAGAGCAAGAACAGGAAUCAGUGUACACAGUUCAUUUUAUCUUUUUCAAAUAAUGUUUGUAAAUUGUUUGUAUGAUAUGUGUUUAAAGUGACUUUCUCAAUGGUUGAAGUAAAAAUGGGUCCGGACCACUCACUCAUGUUCCAUUUAUGGAUCUCUUCCCGGCCGAGGCUCUAGCUUCUGCACGUAAGUAUGCUUCAUUAUUGCGGUUUUCCAAGUCGGUACAUUGUGUUUAUGUCUAGACAGCACAGAGAAACCUCUGUUUAUGUUGAAACAGACAAUAUUGUACUAUAUUUGGUAUCUGUUGCAUUGGUUAAGAAUCGAACUUGUGUAUUAAAACACCGGGUUUCUAAAUUCUGGAUAUAGGCUCGAACUCACGUGUGAAUAUCUCAGCACGUUGUUCAGUUUC